AUGUCAAACCUUGACGAAGCGCUGUCGCAAAGACACAGGCUUUCUAUAUGGCAUGUCUACCACAGUGGCCUCGAACAUGUCUCCAUCACACCAUUCCCUGUGCCGGAGAAAGAAUAUUGGAGCAGUAGUAGCAGCGACAGCCAUCGCCGACCACAUGAAGACCGCUCUUCGCAAUCGAAGGGCUACUUCUUGCAUCAACCCUCUCUCUUAUUUCACAACACGCCUCGAACUCUUCGGCACGGGAGCGAAAAAGGGGGCGAUCCGAUAUGCAUCAUCAAAAUUGGAGCCUUUUGGAAAAAUUGGCUGAUCCAGUUCAGUGACGAUCUCAAAAAUGUCAUUGACCCAAGAGGCUUGGUUAAAUGGGAAUGUCGCAGUAAUCCAGACAAUUCCAUCUCCAGUCCACGGGAGUGGAAAGGGUAUAAAGUUCGCUCUUGGAGGGUAUGGGGGGAAUCAGGUGGUGAAUACCAUCGGAGGGUGAAUGCCAGACGAAAAGCCUUGAAAGAAGAGGCAGAGGCCGAAGAUCUCAUGAUGAGCAGCAAGGGGAAGAUCAAGACACACGACUUAGAGAUGGGCGCGGUUGGCGAGAGUACCUCUUCAAGUGCAUCACAAGGGAUGGAGGAUUCGGAAGAAGAGCCGCAGCCAUCUUCGUCCACGCCGUCGUUACCAGCCCAAACAUCUCAAACCAGACUUGCUGAUGAAGCAUUCCUUCUCCGAUGGCAGUCACCAUUCUCAAUCAGCGCCCGCACAUACUGCUUUGAAUAUGCCGGCAUUCGGUUUUCGUGGGAAGGCACUCGUGAUAUACACUAUAACCACACUUGGAACCGGAGACUCAUGCCCUUCAACCAUUUGAAGCUUGUAGCCGAGAUCUCUGGUCCCCUCGAAGAAAAAGUUCUCUUGGCUCAACACAUCUCAAGCUUUUCAAAUGACAAACUUGGCCAAUUGUGGAUUUUUGACUCUGCAGUCACGAAAUUGCUUGAAAAGACCGGGCAUCCUUCCAAGUGGAUGAAAACAACCGAGAACAAUGAACGGUUCUCGCUUGAUCUUGAUUGGGAUGUUCAACAGACUCGAUUGUACGAACUGAUCAUGGCGACAUCGAUGUGUAUGAUCUUGGGCGAGUGGCAGAAGCGGAUAAUUAUCCGGAUGAUCGUUUCAUUAUGCUAUUUGGGGCUCGUGCUUAGUCGCUAG